AUGGCUGACGGUAUUACAGAGAUUGACGCCAACUUGAUUGAGACCAACUAUGACAAGGUUGUGUACUCCUUUGACGACUUGAACUUGAAGAAGGAGAUUCUCAGAGGUAUCUACGGUUACGGUUACGAGAACCCAUCUUCUAUCCAACAACGUGCCAUUGCUCCAAUCAUCGAAGGUAACGAUGUUCUUGCCCAGGCUCAAUCCGGUACCGGUAAGACUGCUACUUUCACCAUCUCUGCUUUGCAAAGAAUUGACGAGACCAAGAAGGUUACCCAAGUCUUGAUCCUUGCCCCAACCAGAGAGUUGGCUCUUCAAAUCCAGAACGUUGUUCUCAGUAUUGGUCAACACAUGGAUGUCUCCAUCCACGCCUCCAUUGGUGGUACCUCCAUCCAAGACGAUAUUGAGGCCUUCAAGAAGGGUGCUCAGAUCAUUGUCGGUACCCCAGGUCGUGUCUACGACAUGAUUGCUCGUCGUAUCUUCAACACCUCCAACGUUAAGAUGUUCAUCUUGGAUGAGGCCGAUGAGAUGUUGUCCUCUGGUUUCAAGGAGCAAAUCUACAACAUCUGUUCCCUCUUGCCAACCACCACCCAAGUUGUCUUGUUGUCUGCUACCAUGCCACAAGAUGUCUUGGAGGUCACCACCAAGUUCAUGAGAAACCCAAUCAGAAUUCUUGUCAAGAAGGAUGAGUUGACUUUGGAAGGUAUCAAGCAAUUCUUCAUCAACGUUGAGAAGGAGGAGUUCAAGUACGACUGUUUGGUUGAUCUUUACGACACCAUCUCCGUCACCCAAGCUGUCAUCUUCUGUAACACCAGAAGAAAAGUUGAGGAGUUGACUGAGCGUUUGACCGCUGACAAGUACACCGUUUCUGCUAUCCACUCUGAGUUGUCCCAACAAGAGAGAGACACCAUCAUGAACGAGUUCAGAACCGGUUCCUCAAGAAUCUUGAUCUCCACCGAUUUGUUGGCCCGUGGUAUCGAUGUCCAACAGGUGUCCCUUGUCAUCAACUACGACUUGCCAUCCAACAAGGAGAACUACAUCCACAGAAUUGGUAGAGGUGGUCGUUUCGGUCGUAAGGGUGUUGCCAUCAACUUUGUCACCGACAAGGAUGUUGGUAUGAUGAGAGAUAUUGAGAAGUUCUACUCCACACAGAUUGAGGAAUUCCCAGCCAACUAUGAUGAUAUCUUCAACUAA